AUGCAGUCUGCCAAUGUCAGUUUAGUGGCUGAAAUAUUUCUUUUGGGUUUUCAGAACUUCCAUGGUAUAAAUAACUUUUUCUUUCUUCUGUUGCUUCUUGUAUACAUUGUGACUGUAUGUGGAAACCUCCUCAUCAUCCUAGCGGUGUCCUACAGCCGAUCACUCCACUCUCCCAUGUACUUCUUCCUCUCCCAACUCUCCUUCUCAGAUAUUCUACUCUCCUCCAUUAUAGUACCAAACAUGCUCCGAGUCGUAUUGUAUGGAGGAAGUUUUGUGUCUUUCAUUGGCUGUUUAAUACAGUUUUAUUUUUUUACAGCCUCUGAAUCAAUAGAAUGUCUUCUCCUGACUGUGAUGUCCUACGACCGGUACCAGGCUAUCUGCAACCCUCUGCAUUACACCUCCGUAAUGACUCUUAAAUUUUGUGUAAAGAUUCUCCUGCUCUUUUGGUUGUUUAUAUUUGCUAUCAUAUUGAUGAUCUCAGUGACAAUGAGUGAUUUGCGGUUCUGCGGACCAAACAUCAUUGAUCAUUUCUUCUGUGAUUUUGACCCUUUACUUGAACUUUCCUGCUCAAAUACUUUUAUAGUGAGGAUGGAAAGCAAGUUUUUAGCUAUUCCUUUAGUCAUAUGCCCAUUCACUGUGAUUAUAGUUUCAUAUACCUAUAUUAUCAUCACCAUACUAAAGAUUCCCUCUGUCACAGGGAGGAGGAAGACUUUCUCCACCUGCAGCUCUCAUCUGGCCGUGGUGUCCUUAUAUUACGGGUCACUUAUUAGUAUCUAUUUAUUUCCAAAUAGGGAAAAUGCUAAGAAAAUUCUCUCCUUGUUUUACACGGUGGCAACUCCUGUUCUUAACCCCUUGAUAUAUAGCUUGAGGAAUAAAGAUAUUAGGCAGGCUUUAGGAAAGAUUUUAUACAGUAAAUCCAAAAUAUGUUAA